AUCGAACCUCUCCACAGACACUAGAUAGUGUCCUGCAGACAAGCCGGUAAUUCGCCUAGUCCUCAUUGGCCAGUCCUCAGAAAAAUCACCAUAAAUUUUCAAAACCCAAUCUACCAACUAAACAACCUCAACUAUAAUGAUUCGUGGAUCCGGUGUUCGUUCUGCUGUUAAGCAAUUUGCAUCUCGUCGUUUCGUCUCGACCGCCAACGCCCAAACCAAGUACACCACCUUAAGCAACGGUGUCACUGUGGCCAGUGAAGUCAACCCUCAUGCCACCUCCUCCACCGUGGGUUUGUACUUCGGUGCUGGUUCCAGAGCUGAACACACCUACAGCAACGGUAUCUCUGCCUUGACCACCAACAUCUUGGGUUCUGGCUUGCAAAACGGUGUGUUGUUAUCUGCCGAAAACACCAAGGAAACUAACGGUGUCAUUGCCCAAUCCACCAACGAAAACGUCAAGGAAGCCGCCAAAUUGAUCGCCAAGAUUGCCUCUGAGCCUCUCGCCAUUUUGGAAAAGGCCGACUUCGCCGUCGCCAAGGCCGCUUUGAUCGGUAAGGCCCAAGCUGUCGAAGCUGACCCAACCUCCAAGGUGUUGGAACACUUGAACGCUACCGCCUUCCAGGGCUACUCCUUGGGCUUGCCAACCUACGGUACCGUCGAAUCCGUCAAGGACUUGGAAUUGCAAGACUCUGCUCGUUUGUUGGAAAGACACUUGGUCAGCGCCAACACUGUCAUCGCUGCUUCUGGUAACUUCGACCACGAUGCUUUGGUUGACGCCAUCGAAGGCUCUUUGAACAUCGCCCAAGGCUUGAAGCCAGAAACCAAGCCAGCCACCUUCUUGGGCUCUGAAGUCAGAAUGAGAGACGACACCUUGCCAAAGGCCUACGUUUCUAUCGCCGUUCAAGGUGAAGGCUUGACCUCCCCAGCCUACCACGUUGCUAAGGUUGCCGCCGAAAUCUUCGGUAAAUUCGACCAAAACUCCACCAUCGCUCCUUACACCAGUGCCAAGUUGGCCUCCAUUGUCCAAGACUACCACAUUGUUGACAAAUACACCCACUUCUCCAAGUCUUACUCUGACUCCGGUUUGUGGGGUUUCCACUCUGAAAUCUCCAACAUUGGCCAAGUCGACGACUUUGUCCACUUCACCUUGAAGGAAUGGAACAGAUUGUCGGUUUCCAUCACCAACGCCGAGGUUGCCCGUGGUAAGGCCGCUGCCAAGACCGCUUUGUUGAGAGAAUUGGGCUCUUCCAACGCCAUUGUCUCUGAUAUCGGUAACAAGGUGUUAUUGGCUGGUUACAGAACCUCUGUCAAGGAGGCUUUGGAAAGAAUCGAUGCCAUCUCCACCAAGGAUGUUAAGGCCUGGGCCCAAGCCGCCUUAUGGGACAAGGAUAUUGUUGUUUCUGGUACUGGUCAAAUCGAAGCCUUGUUCGACUACAACAGAUUGAGAAAUGAAAUGGCUAUGUUGAGAUGGUAAGCAACGAAAUUUCCAUCAAUUGCAUAUUAUGAACAAAAUUCCUUACCACUGAUACACUAGUUGAAUC